CGGGGGAGAACGUGGCCCCGGGAAUGGAGCGGAGCCCGGGCGAGUGCGAGCAGGAGCAGGAGGCUGCGCGCUGCAGCCUGCUGGACGCGGUGCUCAGCUCCCUGUAUGAUCUCGGAGACGAGCCGUUAGAUAAAAAUGAAAAGAAAAAGAUCCAAAAGAAAAAUGUGGAGAACAAGAUGGUGUCAGAACCUUCCAGAACAGUAAUAGAAGAUAGAGAUGUGUGCCCUGAUUCAGCAAUCCCAGGCAAAAGGAAGAGUGCUUCCAGUUUCUUCAAAAAACUGAAAAAUGAGAUGCAUCAUGACUCUGAUUCAAAACAAGCCACCCCAGAAACCAGGGCUUCUAAUGCUGUGUCACCCGAAUCUACGCAACAGGGAAAGACAACAGAAGUGGAAGUUGUGACAUUUCGUGGUCGGAAUAAAAAGAAGAAACCUGAAGUGGAACUCACUCAGGACAGUGUUUCAAAGAUAAAGAUGGCUAUUCCAGAGAAAAAUGUGAAUGCACCAGAAUUUAAUUUAGAAAAAGCCCGUCUGGAAGUACACAAGUUUGGAAUCACUGGAUAUGAAAAGAAAGAACAGCGGAUAUUGGAACAAGAACGUGCCAUCAUGCUGGGAGCCAAGCCUCCCAAAAAGGAAUAUUUGAACUACAAGAUUUAUCAACAGAAAAUUAAAGAGGAGAAAACAGUGAAGAAAGAAGAUUAUAGUAUGGAAUAUAAAUCUAUCAAGAAAAAGAAGAAAAAGGGUCAGGAGCAGAGGAAAUACAAAAAGAAAAAGUCAGCAGUCAGUGCUGUGCCAACAGGACAGGUUGGAAAAUUUAAAAAUGGGACAUUGAUUCUUAGAGGUCGUGACCUAAGGAAAAUUAAAUUGUCAAAAGUGGUUAAAUGACAUUGUUACACCACAUCAAAACAGAAAGUGAAAAUGAGCUAGAAUUAAUUUCCUAACUGAAAAAUGUCUACAUAGCCAAUGUUUCUUUGCUCUAUUUUAAUACCUGUCACAAUACCUUGGGUUUUUUGUUUUUUUUGGGUUUUUUUUAUUUAUUUAUUUUUUUACCUCAACAGCACUGAGUUUCCACUCUGGGGAGAACAUAAAAUGCAUUGUUACAUCAUAAAUUCUGAGUAAGAAAAAAAUAAGUUGUUUUUUCCUAUUGAUAAGUAACCUAAUUAAACUAUUACUUUCAUUGACUAACAAAGAUAUUGUACUUUAUUAGUCUGAGAACUGUUCACUUUGCAAGCUGAAAAUUACUCGGGUGUUGUCUCAAUGCAAAAGUGACUUAUGUUUGUUUUGUGGUUUUUUUAACUGAAGCAAAAAAGUUUAGCUGUUUGUGAGUGUGAGGACAUAGCCCAAGAUUUUCUAUUUAAAAGUAACAUUAUUUGGAUGUUCACA